AUGCGUCAUGCAAAGGCCCAGUUGCGAGCCCUUGAUCGAGAAAUCCAAAACAAGCAGCUUGACCAGGCAGGCUUCACAGAACUCGAGAAGGACCGGAACAAACUGCUCCGGAACCUUGCCACGAUACCGUACCUGGACCGCAAGAACGUGAACCCCGAGCGGGUGCCGGGGACUUGCAAAUGGUUUGAGAAUCACCCGCUCUUCCUUGAUUGGCGUGCAGGCACUGGAUCACCGCUGCUAUGGGUUUCGGCACUGCCUGGCGCCGGAAAAUCCGUGCUGUUCAAGCACCUCGUUGAUAAUGUCCUUCCGGCACCCCAGAGGACAAACUGUUAUUUCUUCUUCAAAGACAUUGAGGAUCAGAAGUCUGCCAUUGGGGCUCUGCGGUGCCUGCUGCAUCAGAUGUUUUCUCAACGGCCAGAUUUGCUCAGAAAAGCAGUUCUGCAAAGAUUUGCGCGUGAUAGCCAAAUCUUGCAGUCUUUCGAAGGUCUAUGGGAAAUAUUCCUCAAUACAACGAGGGCUAUUAACACAGGCGAGAUCGUUUGCGUUAUUGACGCUCUGGAUGAGUGCCAAAGCUCCGACCGACUUCCACUGCUCAAACGAUUAGCAGAGUGGAGCAACGAUCCGCGAACCACGCUCAAGAUCAUUGUCUCGAGCAGACUCUACAAAGACAUCCGCCAAGAAUUUCACGAGGUCCAGGCGCAGAUACAUCUCAGUGGCGAAGGUGAUCUUGUGGUCAAGCAGAUCUCUGAAGAGAUCGACAUGGUCAUCGCAGCAAGGCUCAAGAUCAUAGCGCAUCGGCUCGGUCUUUCUUCGCCAACACAGGAGGCUCUACAGCAGAAGUUGACUUCACAGACCCAGAGGACAUACCUAUGGGCUUACCUGGUCCUCGACGAACUUGAAAAGGCACUCGAAUUUGAUAAGCGGUCGCUUCAGGCCACUAUAGAAACACUGCCCAGCACUGUUGAAGAAGCCUAUGACGCGAUUCUCAACAGAAGUGGCCGCCCAGAAAGAGUCAAGAAGCUUCUGACACUGAUAUUGGCUGCCAGAAACCCGCUCACGCUAAGGCAAAUGGCCGAAGUGUGGGCUCUGGAGGCGGACACACAGCUUGGCGAGCAGCUGGAAGUGAUGACUGAGUCACAGUUUACAGAGAUGGUCACCGGACUCUGCGGUUUGUUUGUCGUCGUCUCCGAACGAAAACUCUUCUUACUUCACCAGACGGCGUCGGAGUUCCUGCUGCAUCACCGCAAUAGC